CCGCGCGCAUGCGCCAUGGGGCCAGCAGCGGCCGCAGCUGUCAUGGCAGCCGCCUGCGGGAGGCUGGUGCCGCGGAGCGCCGCGGUUCGGGUCGCCUUGUCCCGCAGGUGUUUUUCUUCCUCGGGGUGUCGAACGGACAGCGAUGGAAAGCCGGCAAAAUUUCAGCCGCCUCCAAAGCCCGUCAUUGUUGACAAGCAGAAGCAGCAAGAGGAGAGGAGGUUCCUGAGCCCUGAAUUUAUACCUCCCAGAGGGAGAACAGAUCCUUUUAAAUUCUAUAUAGAAAGGAAGGAUAUGAUACAGAGAAGAAAAGUCUUCAACAUCCCCGAGUUCUAUGUUGGCAGCAUCCUUGCUGUUACUACUGCAGAUCCGUAUGCCAAUAACAAAACCAACCGGUUUGUAGGCAUCUGCAUUCAAAGAGGGGGAAAAGGACUUGGUGCUACCUUUGUUCUUCGGAAUGUUAUAGAAGAUCAAGGUGUUGAAAUACGUUAUGAACUGUACAGUCCUCGAAUCCAGUCGAUAGAGGUUCUAAAGCUGGAAAAGAGGCUGGAUGACAACCUGAUGUACCUGCGAGAUGCUCUCCCUGAAUAUAGUACAUUUGAUAUGAAUAUGAAACCUGUGUCUCGUUUGGCCCAUGAAGAAAUCCCUGUAAACAAGCUGCAGGUACGAAUGAAACCUAAACCGUGGUCAAAACGGUGGGAAAGGCCACAAUUCAACAUAAAAGGAAUAAAGUUUGAGCUACCUGAGAAAACAAUGAAAGAAGCAAAGAAGUGGAGCAAGCCCUGGCUAGAGUUUGAUAUGCUGCGAGAAUAUGAUACUUCAAAAAUAGAGGAAAAAAUUUGGAAAGAAGUGAGCGAAGAGCUUAAAAAAUAAUAAUGGCUUUUGCACACUAGGAAUUAUGGAGAAAUUUAAUAUUUACUUUGAAUUUACUCUUUAGAUUAUUGGUUGUCAAGUUGGGGGUUUUUUUUAUAUGCAUAGGCCAUAUAAGCAAUAAAAGCAAUAAAGUUAACCUUUCCAGAAGGUUUUAAAGUGUACAGACUCUCGUGGUUGAGCACUGACUUUGUGUUUCUGAAAACAGCCACUUCUUUUGCUGAGCCUUACAGAAUGGUUUAAGGUGGAAGGGAGCUUAAAGAUCAUCUAGUUCCAACCCCCUGCCCCAGGCAGGGACACCUUCCGCUAGACCAAGUUGCUCAAAGCCCCAUCCUACCUGGCCUUGAACCUGGCUCCUUUUUUAAAUUGCAGUUCAAGAGGUGGGUUUGUAUCACCCAGCCCCGUUAGCUGCAUUGUCACUUCCAAACACGUCUGCUGCUUCUCUCUUUGCAGAGUAGGGAGGGGCCAGUUGUAGAACUGCUUGACUUCAGCAGCGGGCUAUAGCAGGGAAGUAGAGAUGUCUGAGCCAACUGGACACUCAGCAUAAGCACGGUUUAGUUUUCCCAUUAAAAAAAGUUUCCUGUUUCUGAAACAAGUGUUACUGCUCUGCCAACAGAGCAGCAAAUACAAAUGCUCUGAGACCAGUUUUGAAGAGCUGAACCAGAUUAGCUGAGACAGACUAUGCUCUUCAAGCUAAAUCAUGUGAAUUAGUGUAAGGUUCAAGAUAAAUGCUCACAGAGUGUCAGGUACUGGGACAGCUGGUUUCACAAAAUUACACAUCCAGAGCAGAAGCACCCAGGGGUUCCGAGCUCAAGUGUAAACUGCGUUCCUGUGCUUACAAGUCAUUGCACAUGACCUUUCUUCCAGAAAGAGCCAUCUACAGAGCUAAAUUGUGAUUUUCGUAACAGCACAAGGCUGGCUGCUUCAGGAGCAACAGCUGGGAUAGGACAAGAACAAGAUAAGCAGUAAGGUCAGGAGCUGGUGGUGGUUGCUGAUGACCCAUUGCAAUGUUGUUGGCAUUCUGAGAGGAAAAGCAACAGAAAUUCACCAUUAUUAGAAAGCAGGAAUUGGAACAUCAAAUCAUAACUCCUAGAGGUAAUGAAGGCUAAUGGUGCCUGGGGGUUUUUUAUGCUUCUAAUAACAUUCCUGUCACCUGUUAGAGAACUGAAUUGUAGGAGUCAUUAACACAGCAAAAUAUUUUUACUCCAUUUAUCAAAAUAAAACAUUUUAAAAAUCA